AUGACUUCGAGUUUGCGCAGGCUGACCAGCUGGACUACAUACUCGAUAAUCAAGGACGUGGAUUUGAAGAGCUUCAACGAGCUGGCUACCCAACCUGACUUGUCCUGGGGAAGCAGAGGCCCUGGUACAGCACUCGAGGAGCUUUGCCGCAUGACAAACGAUGGACUCGAAUCCCUACCCGACAUACAACCGUUCACUGCAGCCGCAGCCCGUCAACUCUGUGCUAAGCUUACGAGGAGCCUUCAAAAGCUCAAGCUGAAAGACAUGAUCGUCAUGGAUGUUGUCGUUAGCGGUGGGGUUGCCAACAACAUCUUUUUACGUGAAGGGUGGCUUUUUCAAGCUCGGUGCUUCAAUACGCCGAUCAGUUCACAGCGUUUGAGAUUCAAUACAGACAAUGCGGCGAUGAUUGUGUGGGCUUUGAUGCAUCGGUUCCUCGCUUAUGAUGACUACCCGGUGAACCUUCGUGCCAAGUGGAGCAUUGAGGAUGUCAAAGACUCCUGGUGGUGGAGGUUGUUAUCCAGACACAAAGCCAACGACUUUGUCUACAACAAGUUAGUAUGGGUGGCUUGGUGGCGUGAGACACGUAUUGGACAAGGUGGUGAAUGGCAAGUCACUAGACUAGUAUCUUCUAAGUAG